AGAGGACGGACAGGACGGCGGCAGAGAAGGGCAGUGGGCAGGCGGAGAGAUGGCGACGGGCGCAGAUGUGCGGGAUAUCCUGGAGCUGGGCGGCGUGGAAUCGGAGAACACAGGCACCAUCAACAAAAAGGAUAUCAUCAACUCGGAUAAGAAAAAAUCCAAGAAAUCUUCAGAGACAUUGACAUUUAAGAGGCCAGAAGGGAUGCACCGAGAAGUUUAUGCACUCCUCUACUCUGACAAAAAGGAUGCACCUCCGCUGCUGCCAAGUGAUACAACUCAGGGUUAUCGAACAGUCAAAGCAAAACUGGGGUCCAAGAAAGUCCGGCCUUGGAAGUGGAUGCCUUUCACAAACCCAGCGAGAAAAGAUGGAGCAAUGUUCUACCACUGGAGGAGAGCAGCAGAGGAAGGGAAGGACUACCCUUUUGCCCGGUUCAAUAAAACAGUGCAGGUACCUGUCUACUCGGAGCAGGAAUACCAGAUGUAUCUCCAUGAUGAUGCGUGGACCAAAGCUGAGACAGACCACCUCUUUGACCUGGCUCGGCGUUUUGAUCUGCGCUUUGUGGUGAUUCAUGACCGCUACGAUCACCAGCAGUUCAAGAAAAGAUCAGUGGAGGACCUGAAGGAACGAUAUUAUCACAUCUGUGCCAAGCUGGCUAAUAUUCGUGCUGCUCCGGGCACAGACCUGAAAAUCCCAGUCUUCGAUGCUGGCCAUGAGAGGCGAAGGAAGGAACAACUGGAAAGGCUGUACAAUAGGACACCAGAGCAGGUGGCAGAAGAAGAAUACCUCAUCCAGGAGCUCCGAAAAAUCGAAACCAGGAAGAAAGAGAGAGAAAAGAGAACCCAAGACCUGCAGAAGCUCAUCACAGCUGCUGACACCACCACUGAGCAGAGACGUGCCCCCUCCCCCCCUGCUUAUGCUCUGGCUGUUCCUGAGACUGCUGGCAUCAAGUUUCCUGACUUCAAAUCUGCAGGUGUCACGCUGCGAAGCCAGAGGAUGAAACUGCCAAGCUCGGUGGGACAGAAGAAGAUUAAAGCCCUGGAGCAGAUGCUGAUGGAACUCGGAGUAGAUCUCAACCCUAUGCCCACAGAGGAGAUCGUGCAGAUGUUCAACGAGCUGCGGAGUGACCUGGUGCUGCUGUACGAGCUGAAGCAAGCCUUUGCCAACUGUGAAUAUGAGCUGCAGAUGUUACGGCACCGCUAUGAGGCCCUGGCCAAAGCUGGUAGUAUUGGCCCCCUCAGUGCGGAAGGUGCCCAUCCAGAUGGCCAGGCAGGGCUCGGCAUCGAGGAGAGCAAGGGAGAUGCCAAGGACCAGAUCAUUGAUGUAGUAGGAGCACCACUGACCCCCAACUCGAGAAAGCGAAGGGAGUCGGCCUCCAGCUCCUCCUCCAUCAAGAAGGCAAAGAUGCCGUGA